CUGGCCGGGCCCAGAGGGAAGGCAAGAGGGAGUCAAGGUGGGGGGGCGGCCCGGGCCCAUCGAAGCGUAGCUCCUGCAGCUGGGGCGAGCCGUGCGCCCCCGACUGGAGCUGGACCCGGAGGGAGCCGCCCUCCCUUCCACCCGAAGCCCAGUCCCCGGUGGUCCCGGAGCGCCCUCCUUCUCUGUGUGGGUGUGUGCGGGCAUCUGCCCUGGUUCCCCGGCCCUCCAGGCAGCCAUGGCUGAUGAGAAGACCUUCCGCAUCGGCUUCAUUGUGCUGGGGCUCUUCCUGCUGGCCCUCGGCACGUUCCUCAUGAGCCACGACCGGCCCCAGGUCUACGGCACCUUCUACGCCAUGGGCUGCGUCAUGGUGAUCGGGGGCGUCGUCUGGAGCAUGUGCCAGUGCUACCCCAAGAUCACCUUCAUACCCGCUGACUCUGACUUCCAAGGCAACCUGUCCCCAAAGGCGCUGGGCCUGCUGGAGAGGCGAGAUGGGCUCGCCUCCGAGAUGAAGAGCCCCCAGCCCCCAUAUGUCAGGCUGUGGGAGGAAGCCGCCUAUGACCAGAGCCUGCCUGACUUCAGCCACAUCCAGAUGAAGGUCAUGGGCUACCAUGAGGACCCCCGUCCCCUGCUGGCCCCUGAGCCGGGACAGCCGCAGCUGGGAGCCAGUGGUGGAGGAGAAGGUGGCCCUUGUGAGGCUCAGGCCUGGAUGGAGGCUGCGGUGGUCAUCCACAGGGGCUCAGAUGAGGACGGGGAAGAGAGAAGCCCGACUGAGAGCAGGCUUGGCUUCCGGGCCUGUCCCCAGGGCCCUGCACCCCUGGCUUCCUUCCAAGAUGACCUGGAUGUGGGCUCCAAUGAGGAAGGCAGCCUCAACCCAUCUCCGCCUGAGGAGGACGAGCCUCACCCCCCGCCUGGGGAGCCCUGGGCCUGCAAGUGCCCGCUGGACCGCUUCCAUGACUUUGCCCUGAUCGACGCCCCCACGUCAGAGGACGCGUCUCCAGAGCGGCAGUGGUGGGAUACUGCCCUGUCCGGCUAUGGGCAGCAGUCCCAAAGGACAAAGGAGGAGGAAGAGGAGCCUUCAGACAUAGGCACAGAGGAGCCAGAGCAGGAAGGGGAAGACUUGUACUAUGGGCUGCCGGACAGCCCUGGGGACCCCCUUCCGGACAAGGAGCUGGGCUUUGAGCCCGACGCCCAGGGCUGAGAUGGGACCACUCC